AAGCCCUUUCAUUUUGGCUCUUGCCAAUGUGGCUGAGGCAUUAGUUCCCCCCAGGUCGAUUGUGGGUGUUUGAUCUACAGGUGCAUUCCUAUGGGGUGCGUUCAGCACGUCGCUGCAGCUGUUCAGGGGGGCACUGGGGCGGAUCGACGACCCGGUGCGGAUAUCGUCGGCCUCACAGUGGAGCGAUGGCGGCGACAGCCCGAAGAGCCCGAUGACGCCACGCAGGGGCUCGUCUGCGAGCUUUCACAGCAGGUACGCUCUGGACGGGAGGCUCGGCGAGGGCUGCUUCGCCCGCGUCUACGCGUGCAGGAGGCAGGGCGACGGGUCGAACGAUCCUUUCGCGGUGAAGAUCACAGACCUGAAGGGGCGCGUGGACGACACGAGGGAGCGCAUCGCCCGACAGGAGGCCCACAUCCUCAGGAGGGUCGGGAACCAGGCUCACUGCUGCAGGCUCAUCGACUCGAUGUUCUGCCGCCGCUUCCACUACAGCUCGAGGUCGAACAAGAGGUGUAAGCACACAACAUGUUUGGAAGCGCCGCGCCGCAGAUUUGUCGGAUCGGCGCUGGACCCGCCUCCCAACCAAGCAGAGCGCGCCGGAGGCGCCGCCCAGGUGCACCCAGCCGCUCGCGGCGGCGCUGGAGGCGGUGCCCGAGCUCACGGAGGUCGGCCUCGCGGGGUUCGCGCGGCAGAUGCUCCAGGGCCUGGCCUGCGUGCACGGGGCCGACGUGGUGCACAGGGACGUGAAGCUGGACAACUUCCUCUGCUCGGGGCCCGAGGCGACCGUGAAGCUGUGCGACUUCGGGCUGGCCGAGGUGGUUUGCGCGGGCGGCCUCGGCGUGACCGGGCUGUUCGGGACGGCGCCCUUCAUGUCGCCGGAGAUGGUAGUAGGCUCCGCGUACGGCACGCCCACGGACGUGUGGUCGCUGGGCGUGUGCCUCUACGCCCUCGUCGUCG